AUGGAAACGUUUGCACGGAGUUCAUCGUCAACUGCCUUUGAUCUGUGCUUAGGUGGAGACAGUCUUUUCUACGAUCAGACACUCGAGGGUAAAGGUAAAGCAGAAAUCCACGUUACAGAAAUCCAUCGGUUAGUUCCUGAGGCCAAACACUCAAUUUCUACGCUGGACAAGGCCAAACAACAUCCUGAGUUGAUUGCUGAUCGGGAAAUCCACUUGGGAUUAUUGACGAAUGUAUAG